UGGGUGGGCCAUGAAGGCAGCACCACACUCCAUGUAACUACAUGUAAACUGUGGUCGUUCACAACCAGUCAAUGUGGGAUGGUGUGAACUUCACAGAGGAGCCUGAACUCAACACUUCUCUUUGACUUUAUAAUCCCACUGCUUUGAGAGUCACUGCUGGUGCGCGUCCUCCUCGUAAACUCACUUACAGUCAUAAUUAUAUAUUUAUGUGAGUGUAUGAGUGACAGUGCCAUGGCUGAGAUACCGCCACCUCCACCGCAGACGCAGCCGGUGGAAAUAGACCCGGACUUCGAGCCUCUCUCUCGGCCGCGGUCGUGCACCUGGCCGCUGCCCCGGCCGGAGCUCCUGGACCCGGCCGGCUCCAACACGUCCUCCCCGGCACCGUCGGUGCAGCAGGAGUCCGGAGGAAACCCCGAGUUCAUCAGCAGCCUCGGCUUGUUGGAGGAAGACUAUGAGGAGUACGAGGAGCAGAAGCCGCCGGUGAAGCCCUGCACUGAUUUCCACUGUCGGGACGGAAACGGCGUGCAACUGCAUCACCAGCACCGCCAUCACCUCCAGCAGCAGGUCCCAGGUCCGCAGCCGCCGCCGCAGCAACAGGUGCCUCCUCCCGCGGGAGUCUCACCUGUGGCCGGCUCCGCUCAGAGGAAGAGCGGCCUCAGCUCGUCCCGGAGAAACGCGUGGGGCAACAUGUCGUACGCUGACCUGAUCACCAAGGCCAUCGACAACUCUCCGGAGAAGAGGCUGACCCUGUCCCAGAUCUACGAGUGGAUGGUGAAGAGUGUCCCGUACUUCAAGGAUAAAGGAGACAGCAACAGCUCCGCCGGCUGGAAGAACUCCAUCAGACACAACCUGUCGCUGCAUAGCCGGUUUAUGCGCAUACAGAACGAGGGGACAGGAAAAAGCUCCUGGUGGAUGCUGAAUCCAGAGGGAGGAAAAAGUGGAAAGUCACCUCGACGCAGAGCUGCGUCAAUGGACAACAACUGUAAGCUGGCAAAGAGCAGAGGAAGGGCAACAAAGAAAAAGAUGGCUCUACAAGAAGGGGUUGAGGGAGGAGCUGGCAGCCCUGGUUCCCAGUACUCAAACUGGCUGGGGAGCCCAAACUCCCACAGCAAUGAGGACUUUGAAACCUGGAGCUCGUUUAGGACGCGCACCAGCUCUGAUGCCAGCACUCUGAGCGGUCACCAUUCGCCCUUUCCCCCUGAGCAGGAUGACCUGGGGGAGUCUGACGGCCACAUGAUUUAUUCCGGAGCAGUGGGGCCCAAGAUGACCUCCACUCUGCCCAGCCUGUCUGAGGUGGCUGGAACUUUGGGCCAACAUGACUCAGAGAUCGUCAUGGGGAGUCUGUUGGAUAACCUACAACUGCUGUCUCCUAAAAACCAAACGCUGGGUUCUGACUCCCCACAUUCCUCAAAUAGUGCCAUGCUUCAGAGUAGCCCUUACAGCUCAUCUGGCUUGACCCAGCACUCACAGCAGGACUACCGAAAGUGCAUGUACGGCCUAGUGGGGAUGAACUCCUUCUCCCCUACUCCCAUGCAAACUCUACCAGAGACCAAGCCAGGCUUUGGGGCUUAUGAGAACCAGUAUAUCUCCUCUGCUGGUCUCCUUAAAGAUUUGCUUACAUCAGAUGCAGACACCAGUAGGGACAUGAUGUCCUCUAGGGAUGCACUGGUGUCUCAGAUCGAGAUGGGAGGCUGCCUAAUGGCCACUUACAGCAGCCAGAGCCAUGUGGGCCAUCACAGUGGAGUCAAAAUGAUGAAUCUUCCGCAGAGGCACCCGGUUCCUCGUGUAAAUCCACAAGCUAUCCAUAACCAGGGACCUUCAACCUCACGAGACUUGAAUAGCUGUAACAUGAUCCCACUGACUACCCUGACUAGUCCUUCAGGGGCCUCUCCUCAAAUGACCAACCUGAGGACAUGCAUGCAGAUGCCCCGGGGACACCCAGCACACGCCCACAAUGUCUCAGUGAACUAUAGCAGAAGCAACGGCUACAGGGAACUUAACUUGGUUCACCCGCACGGUCAUCAUCAGGAGCGGCUUCCCAGUGACCUGGACAACAUGUCUAUCGAGAGAUUCGAAUGUGACAUGGAGUCCGUCCUCCAUGACACGCUCAUGGACGGCGGUGCGUUAGACUUUAACUUUGACCCUGCAGCUGGGCAUCAUGGGUUUCCCCAAAGAGUGAAGACCACCACACACAGCUGGGUGUCAGGCUAGAAUACAUGAUGGGUCACCAAAAGGGGAAACUGACAAUGAGUCUGGCAGUUAUCUCAGCAUCAUGCUCACAACCAUAACGUGAUUGGAACAUGUAAAUCCAAAGAAGCUGCAUCCAUCUCUCCCCACAGAGCAUCUGACACAGUUCUUUUACAAACGUUUGCAGUUGUAGCUCCAUGUAUAAAAAUUGGAUGUUCUUACUUCUCACUAGAGAGGAUCAUCAUCAUUCAGAUAUAGAAUGAAAACAUAAUUGUUGUCAUUCAUAACAGAACUGAAGAUCUCUAGAAAAAAACUGAAUGACAGACGAGCCUUAUUUUGCAAACUAGUCUUUUUUACAUGCCUGUGAGUAACUGGAAAUAUGUAAUAUUUGUUUAUUUUUUAUUUGUGAUACGUUGAAGUGUGCUGGACAAAAAAGCGUAGAGCAUCCAUUUCUCAAUAUAUAUGAUUUUGGUCCAGUCUGGUGCCAUUUGAUGAAAGGGGCCAGUAAUGGAUGCCAGCUUGAAAUUCAUUGAUUUGAAGAUGUCACUGAAAUCUUUUUAUUAAUGUUGAAUAUCCAAAAAUCUGCCAAACCAGGAUGUUCUCCAUGGUCUGAUCAGUGGAAAGAUUUUCAGAUAAAGGUAGCAUCCAGCCCUCACUGGCAAAUUACUACUCAGAUGUUAACCCUAGUGAUAUAAUUUGGCUUAAAUGUUAGAUAAACCAGUGUAUCAUCUGCAUAGAGAUUCACAUCAACAUUAUUUAAAUCAUAAUUUUAUAAUAAACUCAGAGGAAAGUACUGUGACAAAAGGAUAAAUUCAAGAGGAGAUAUCUAACCAACACCUCACAGCAGAUUAAUAUCACAUGUCAUGUUACAGUGCUGGCAAAUUAAGGGCUGUAGUCAAAUAAUCAGCUAUAUCUGCUCACCAGAGAUCGUGAGUCAAACUGCAUCUGUGACUGAAUUAAAUUCAUCAAUCAUAUACUGAAUGAAGAUAUUUAUUUAAAUGUUUUUUGUUGGAUUUGUUGCAGCUCUUUACUUGUAAAAAGAUGUGUACCUGUGCUGUGUACAAUACUUAUUUGAGUUACAUGAUGUUUUUGUCCUGUAUUUAAUUAGGGCCCGAGCACCGAAUGGUGAGAGGCCCUAUUGUUGUAUAUGAAACUAAUACAUAUGAAGGAAUUUACAGCUACACAGUUGCCUUCCAAAAACUCUGGAAUGAAAAUGCAUAUCAAACAUCCAAAGCUAGUAUAAAAAAAACCUGCACCAAUGUUUCCAUGCUGUUAUCGAGAGCUGUUUAAAGAAUGUGAGUGUCGGGGAAUAUGAUCAAUGAGAUUAACGAGUAUCUGCACGUUAAGGUUGGUUUCAUUAGACUUCUUAAUUAUGAAUGUUGCUGUCAGGGGGAAAACCUCCCAUUUCUCUACAAUCACACAAACCUCUGUAGGAAAGUCUGUCCUGCAUGAAUCUGUAAAAACAUUCUAAAAACUGCUUUGGUUAAACUCAAAUUACAUGGUGAUCAAUUAAAGCUGUUCCCAUCACUUUCUGAUAAAUGGACCUUCUGGGAAUGUUGGGGAUUUCCAACUGACCAAGACUUCAGAGUAGCUCUUUACUCCACCAAACCUAUUUCAAGGAAAAUGUUCCAGUUCAUUGUGCCUACAUGGUCUCACAGACCUAUAAUGUUGUACAUAUUAUUUUCUGUAGCACAUUUUUGUAUAUGAAGAUUUUAAAUGAUGUUUUACUCUUUUUGUAUGACUGUAUUAAGAAUGGUUGUUUACAAAUCCCAGUCCAACCUAUAUCAAUAAAUAAAUGAACACUCAUACCUCAAAAUACUGUACCUCUGAAGUGUUGAAGGGUUUUUCCUACCAUUUUUUCUCAGUGAUGUAUUGGAUUCAUCUUCAUAUUUGUACAUAUUUUUUGUAUUUGAUUAAGGCUGAAACCAGUUAUAUUUGGAUCUUUUCACCAGUCUUUCCCUUUCUAAUGUUUGAAGAUUAUAGCCAUUAGUCUAUAGUAAAUGUGAUUGGACACCACAGUAUAGAGAAUUUAAAUUAAACAAAAUGUGUGAGACGUUAUACAUUUCGAAAGACUGUUUUUUUCUAUGUGUAUCUAUAUGUUUAAGACUGGUAUCACAAAAUAUAAACGUGUGAAUAAUG